AUGACAAAUAAAAUUGAAACAACAACGACAUCAAUGGAUGAUGAAUUACUUGUUGACGUUGUAAGUCUUAAUGGUAAUAGUAGUUUAUGUAUUGAUUCAUCUCAACAUACAUCUUCAUCAUCGAAUUCAUCGUCACCAAAUCAUUCAAUGGAUUCAAGUCCACAUUCACCAACAUCAUCAUUAUGUGGUGGCAUGGAAGAUGAACACACAAAUUCCACGCAGAAAUCUUCAUCAACGAAACAACAUAUUGUUAAACCACCUUAUUCAUAUAUAGCAUUAAUAACGAUGGCUAUAUUACAAUCUCCAUCAAGACGUUUAACAUUAAGUGGCAUAUGUGAAUUUAUUAUGAAUCGUUUUCCAUAUUAUAAAGAACGUUUUCCAGCUUGGCAAAAUUCGAUACGUCAUAAUUUAAGUUUAAAUGAUUGUUUUCUUAAAAUUCCACGUUCACCAGGCAAUCCAGGAAAAGGAAACUAUUGGACAUUAGAUCCCGCUAGUGAAAAUAUGUUUGAUAAUGGUUCAUUUUUACGUCGUCGUAAACGUUUUAAACGUUUGAAUCACCAUCAUCAUCAUUCAGCGUGUUUUCAUCAUGGGCCAGUAGGACCUAACGGAGGGCCAUCCUUAUAUCCUUCAAUGCCGUUUCCAUUUGUUCCAACAUCAUCAACAUUAAAACGAUGUUUUCCAUUAUUACCUCCUCCAAUGCCAAUUCUUGCUCCCCCUCCGCCAGCAAUGACAAUGGUUCAUCAUAAUCAAAAAUCAAAAACUUCAUUUACCAUUGAUGAUCUCAUUGGUAAUAAUAAAACAUCACCGCCGUCAUUAUCGUCAUCAUCGUCAUCCUCAUCCUCAUCACCAACAACAUCAUCAUCAACAACAACAGCCAACGUUAAUUCUGCAUUAACGAUAACUAAUAGAGCAACAUUUCGUGUAUGA